GGACGGACGACAAAUGGCGCCCGCCGCGAUGAACAGGUGUCGCCUCGAAGACGCGUCCACGGUCGUCCUCUGAUGUUUGUGGUCCUCGGCGUCACUGGAGCAGGCCCCGGUCACGCCGAAACGUCGCCGCCGUCUAACGAGCAGCCUACAGGGAUGCUGUCCAGGAGGUCCUGCCAAGGCCGCCACUGCUCGGGCCGCGUAGACGAAGAGACCACUCGCUACAUCGGCCCGUCCCCGUGGCGCUUCGGCAGUGUCAUCUUUCUCGGCUUCUUCAUCAAACUCUCGGGCAUACUCUUCAUCCUAGUCGGUUUCAACUCGGCCACUCCGGGCCUCCGACUCCUGGGAUUCGUCCUCAUCCCGCUGGGCAUCGUGGUCUUCAGCGGUGGAGUCCUCUGGGCCGCCAUGGAGAGCUGGCGCUACAGGGCCGCCCUCAUGGCAAUUCACGCCCUGGACCCCCUGGCGGCGUCCGGGGUCUUCCUCAACGGGACGUCGGUCAGUUCGGUGUCGGUGAACGUGGCACACCGAAGUAGCGCCGUCCACUCGGCACCGCCCGUUGACCCGGACGGCCCGAUGGCCGGCCUGGAACCCGUGCAGUUCAGCAAGUACCCCGUCGUGUUGCCGGUGUAUGCGGCGCCCGUCCAGACGUCUUGACCACGGAUAAGCUCGCAGCGCGCCGUGGCUGUGCCGCCGAACGCGGUGUGCGGACCUUGAAGUCCCUGUGCUGAGACCACGAGUUAAGUGAAGUUGCCGAGCUUCUUCUGAAGACAAUGAGUUUCUGGAUAUCCUUCACCCACUCUUGGUGAUGGAGUAUGAUACUGUCAAGGACAACUUUUAAUUGACCUAUACUUGCCUCAAGCAGGGGGUUUAAGGCCGGUAGUGAAAACCAGGCGUUGUGAUCGGAAAGGAAAUUAACUGACCGCAAGUGGGAUCCGGAAGUUGCCUUAAGACCGGUAAUACGAGCCCGUACAUCACGGGAAGGAAGGAAGUGACUUCAAGUAUAAGAUGGAGGUGUGAAGUAAAUACAACAUUGUGUCUAAUCAACCUGAUGAAACUAAUGAUGGAAGUUAUCCGUUGCAAUGGAGUGGUCGGGCUCACUGCGAACCAGGCACCGUCUAGGAACACAUGUUUCCGUGUUCAAUAGUCAAGUUGUGUUAGCGUGACUACGAGGACAACACCUCAGUUAGCAGAUAAUACUCGUUGUAGAAUUGAGCGUUCGGUUUCCCACAGAUCUUACGAUGCUAGAAGUGGUGAGGUCCGGAGGUCGUCACGUGCGUCGGUGUGUGUGGCAACGGCCACGGACAUCUAUGUAAUCAUGGCGUGUAACGAAGACACACUUUAUCGCGGUGGUGUCGGUGGACGAGGCAUACGUGCGGGACUAUAUGACACUCGCAACCUCGGCGCAUAUCCUGAGAUAUCGUCGCGAACUUGUCGCACCAUAAAUGAAGGAAAAUGCCUCAGCUAAUAUCAGCACUUCUUGCGUCUGCGCCCCAAAGCCCAACGCUCCGUCCCAAAGCCCAACUAUGGUCACAGUGUUUUGCUUGAGAACAACUUCUCGAUCGAUCAGCCGAUCGAUAAGCUGAUCAUAGAAGUGAAGUAUUUAGAUGUAUGAAUUUGCGUCAGUGUGUGAAACAACUUCAUUUCGAGAUCCGACCAGUUGCUAUAGUGCAGGACACACUGCUCAGAUGGAGGACGGAAGAACUAGCCUUCUAGUAGCCUCACUGGCCUGCUGGAUAGCACAUGUUUGGUCUUGUAGAUCGGAGCUGAGCAUGCGUUUUUCGUCAUCGAUCCUGGAGAGGUUCCGGGGAGUCUGCUCAUUGGGGCACCCUUUAGUAUGUGAUUUAUGGAGGCACCUUGUAUUUUAAAAAUUUUUUAAAACCCGAGCUGCUUUCAGUUGUGUCAGGGUCGUGGCAAUAUAGAGUAUGAGUAGAGUUCUGAAAACUAUCAGUUUGUAUGAGCUAAAUAUUAAGCUGCGGACUCUAUGUCGAAAGUGAGCGGCACCGGCCGCGGUGCCUGCCGGUCCUGACGUCACGAUUCUCAUCAGAAAAAAAAACGCACCAACCUCCCAUCUAAGGGGGUGUCAGGGUGUUGUAAUGUUGAACCUUCAUUGCGAAGCGGGCGAUGACAUAUUUUCAAGCGCGAACAGAAUAGUGUAACUUCACUUCCCUAGUGCGUCAGUACGGUGUGUUUCAGAAGGACUAUCGCUCAGGUAAACCAGUGUACCACCGAACUCCACCAACAGGACUGUGUUCAAAACUGAAAGCAAUCCAUAGUCAUCUGGGCCAUGUGAACUACUGUGUGCUCCCAUUUGUGAAUCGCAGAGGAGCUUUCAUGGCCCUGGCCGCUUAACGGUGCUUGUACUUAGUUGUUCUUGAGUACUGGCACCUGGCUAUAAGCCCUUGUUAUGUCAUUGCAGAGGAAUUGAAAGCUAGGCGAGUUGGUGACUGUUCUUGAAGAUAUUGAAAUACUGCGCAGCCACGACGUGGACCAAGAGAAAAGAGGUGUGAUUUGUCAGCGCUGUGCUUUGUCCCUCCUUUCUCUUGGUCCGUGUCGUGGUUGCGCUGUGUUUCAAUGUGUUAUGUCAUUGCCUCAUUGACCUGAACUGCACGUUUCUUGUUCAGGAAUCUCGGCCAUCGUGCAUGUUAUCCAUUUCACGAAAGUGUUCCAAGCUCAGAAUGUUCAGGCACAAGUGCUUGUUUGUUUGUUUUGUUUGUCUCGUUGUGAAAAUGAGUUCAUGUGCCAUGGUCAUGCCACCUCGUUUGAAGACAUCGCUGAAAGCAGAUAUCAUAACUAUUAAAAUUCAUGAAAGCUGGA